UGUGGUUCGUGAAAACAAAAUAGAUAGUGUAACAUGGCCGACCUCGGUGAAGAUGAGCUCAAACAGCUCGAGUAUUUGUCUUUAGUGUCUAAAGUUUGUACCGAGCUUGACAACCACUUGGGAAUCAGCGACAAGGACCUUGCGGAGUUUGUCAUCAGCCUUGCAGAAAAGAACCCAAUGUUUGAUAGUUUUAAGUCGGCGCUGAUCAAAAAUGGAGCAGAGUUUACAGACUCACUCAUUAGCAACUUACUCCGUCUCAUUCAAACAAUGCAACCACCUGCUAAAUCAUCCACUAGUAAAGGGAGUGAGCCUGUUGUCAAGUCGAAGAGUGAAAAAGACCGGUUAAAGGAGUUGUUUCCUGCCUUGUGCAGAGCUGACAAUCCCAACACCAGAACCAUGCUAGACGAAGACGAUGUAAAGGUUGCGGCUGAUGCUAUGAAAGAGCUGGAGAUGUUUAUGCCCAGUGUCAAGGCCACAGACUCUAAGAGCAGCAAACAGAGAUCCGAAGCCAGCAGCAGCAAGAAGAGUCGAAGAAGUAGGAGCCGCAGUCGAAGUCGAGACAGAGACCGGGACAGGAAGAGACGCCACCGCUCUCGUUCUCGCUCGCGCUCUAGAUCUCGCUCUCCUGACCGGGAGAGGAGGAAGCGCAGGAGUCGCUGGCAUUCCCGUAGCAGAUCCAGGAGUCCAGGCCGAGUGGACCGAGAGAAAGGUUCAGACCGCUGGAGGGACAAACAUGUAGACCGGCCGCCCCCAGAGGAGCCUGCUGUGGGUGACAUCUACAAUGGCAAAGUCACCAGUAUCAUGCAGUUUGGUUGCUUUGUACAGCUUGAAGGGUUGAGGAAACGUUGGGAGGGCUUGGUUCAUAUCUCGGAGCUUAGAAGAGAGGGCAGAGUGGCAAAUGUGGCAGAUGUGGUCAGCAAAGGUCAGAGGGUGAAGGUCAAGGUGUUGUCUUUCACAGGCUCUAAGACCAGCCUGAGCAUGAAGGAUGUUGACCAGGAAACAGGUGAGGACUUGAAUCCCAACAGAAGGAAGAAUGUUGGUGGCGAUGGUCCGGAGGAGUCAGCCAUGAGGAAUCCAGACAGGCCCACCAACCUCAACCUGGGUCACGCUCCUGAGGUGGAGGAUGACACGCUAGAGCGCAAAAGACUGACCAAGAUCUCUGAUCCUGAGAAGUGGGAGAUCAAACAAAUGAUUGCUGCCAAUGUGCUGUCCAAAGAGGAAUUUCCAGACUUUGAUGAGGAAACGGGGAUCCUGCCUAAAGUAGACGAUGAAGAGGAUGAGGAUCUGGAGAUCGAACUGGUGGAAGAGGAGCCGCCUUUCCUGAGAGGACACACCAAACAGAGCAUGGAUAUGAGCCCUGUGAAAAUAGUGAAGAACCCUGAUGGCUCGCUGUCUCAGGCAGCCAUGAUGCAGAGCGCACUGGCUAAAGAGAGGCGGGAAGUGAAGCAGGCUCAGCGUGAGGCUGAGAUGGACUCCAUUCCUAUGGGCCUCAAUAAGCACUGGGUGGACCCUCUACCUGACGUUGAUGGCAGGCAGAUCGCCGCUAACAUGCGGGGUAUUGGCAUGAUGCCCAAUGACAUCCCAGAGUGGAAGAAGCACGCUUUUGGUGGCAACAAGGCUUCAUACGGAAAGAAGACGCAGCUAUCCAUCAUCGAGCAGCGAGAGAGUCUGCCAAUCUACAAGCUCAAAGAACAGCUCGUUCAGGCUGUUCAUGAUAACCAGAUCCUGAUUGUGAUUGGAGAGACAGGCUCAGGGAAGACCACACAGAUCACUCAGUACCUGGCUGAGGCUGGAUACACAGCACGUGGGAAGAUUGGCUGCACACAGCCCAGAAGAGUGGCUGCCAUGUCUGUGGCUAAGAGAGUGUCUGAAGAAUAUGGUUGUUGUUUGGGACAGGAGGUGGGCUACACUAUCCGUUUUGAGGACUGCACGAGUCCAGACACGGUCAUCAAGUACAUGACAGACGGUAUGCUGCUCAGAGAGUGUCUGAUUGACCCUGAUCUGGGCCAGUAUGCUAUCAUUAUGCUGGAUGAGGCUCACGAGAGGACCAUCCACACAGAUGUGCUCUUUGGCCUGCUCAAGAAGACUGUACAGAAGCGCCCAGACAUGAAGCUGAUUGUGACGUCUGCUACACUGGAUGCUGUGAAAUUCUCCCAAUAUUUCUACGAGGCCCCUAUUUUCACCAUCCCAGGUCGUACGUAUCCAGUAGAGGUGCUAUACACUAAAGAGCCUGAGACAGAUUACCUGGAUGCCAGUCUGAUCACAGUCAUGCAGAUCCACCUCACUGAGCCACCAGGUGAUAUUCUGGUAUUCUUGACGGGUCAAGAGGAGAUCGACACAGCCUGUGAGAUCCUGUAUGAGCGAAUGAAAUCACUAGGCCCUGAUGUGCCAGAGCUGAUUAUCCUACCUGUGUACUCUGCGCUGCCCAGUGAGAUGCAGACCAGGAUCUUUGACCCAGCUCCACCUGGCAGCAGAAAGGUGGUCAUUGCUACAAACAUUGCUGAGACUUCUCUGACCAUUGAUGGAAUCUACUAUGUCGUGGAUCCAGGUUUUGUCAAGCAGAAAGUGUACAACUCAAAAACUGGCAUUGACCAGCUUGUGGUGACCCCCAUCUCUCAGGCCCAGGCUAAGCAGCGAGCAGGCCGAGCAGGUAGGACAGGGCCCGGCAAGUGCUACAGACUGUACACAGAACGUGCAUAUAGAGAUGAGAUGCUCACCACCAAUGUGCCUGAGAUCCAAAGAACUAACCUGGCCAGCACUGUACUCUCCCUGAAGGCCAUGGGAAUUAAUGACCUGUUAUCCUUUGACUUCAUGGACGCUCCUCCUAUGGAGACGCUGAUCACAGCAAUGGAACAGCUGUACACGUUAGGAGCUCUGGACGAUGAGGGACUACUCACUCGUCUCGGGCGUAGGAUGGCCGAGUUUCCUCUAGAGCCCAUGCUGUGUAAGAUGCUCAUCAUGUCUGUCCACCUGGGCUGCAGUGAAGAGAUGCUAACAAUAGUGUCCAUGCUCUCUGUGCAGAACGUCUUCUAUAGGCCAAAGGACAAACAGGCUCUAGCUGACCAGAAGAAGGCUAAGUUCCACCAGCCUGAGGGAGACCACCUCACUUUACUGGCUGUGUACAACUCUUGGAAGAACAACAAGUUCUCCAAUCCCUGGUGCUAUGAGAAUUUCAUCCAGGCUCGCUCAUUACGCCGCGCACAGGAUAUCCGCAAGCAAAUGCUGGGCAUCAUGGACCGACACAAGUUGGAUGUGGUAUCAUGUGGUAAGGCCACGGUACGUGUUCAGAAGGCAAUCUGCAGCGGUUUCUUCCGUAACGCUGCUAAGAAAGACCCUCAGGAAGGCUACAGGACACUCAUAGACCAGCAGGUGGUUUACAUUCACCCCUCGAGUGCCCUCUUCAACCGACAACCUGAGUGGGUGGUAUACCAUGAACUGGUGUUGACCACCAAAGAGUACAUGCGAGAGGUGACGACAAUCGACCCACGUUGGCUGGUGGAGUUUGCGCCGGCCUUCUUCAAAGUAUCUGACCCGACUCGCCUCAGCAAGCAGAAGAAACAGCAGCGUCUUGAGCCUCUCUAUAACCGUUACGAGGAACCCAAUGCCUGGAGAAUUUCCAGAGCUUUCCGCAGACGCUAGAAUGUGCUUACAGUGUACCUACAGUCUGGCAGUAUCCUCUAAUGCUGCUGGUGACACUUUGAAAACGUUGUGGACAGAUUUUGAAUCCUUUUUUUUUUUUUUUUUUUUUUUUCUUUUAUAUAUAUAUAUUCAUUUGUAAGUAGUUAUAUUAUUGGCAUUUGGAAUGCUCCUCCUUAAAUCUCUAGCUGAAUAACAAAGGGGACCUUUUUGUCAGUUUAAAGACAAAACGUUGUUUUUGAAUGAAUAAACGUACAACUUUGUUGUAUUGUCUUUUUUAUGCAUAUUUUUUGUUUCUGAUUUCCUGGCAUGACUUAAUGUCAUGUACAAAGAUUAUAUUUGGCUUUGCAGCUUGUAUGCAUUGAAACAAAACUGAUUUAGUUUUAACAGACUGUCAGUGAUUAAAAGUGCUAAAAAAAAAAUGUAUUCAAAGUUUGUUUUUAGUUUCUUUUGUUUUUGUCUCUCUGCAUCAGGACUUAUUUGUUAACCAUUAUGAACGAUGAUUAAAUACAGGAAUGAGUUCCCAGCUUAAUUUCGUUUCAUAGCAGGAAGUGAUUAGAAAUGUGUACAAGCUUUUUAUAUUAAUCCUCAGCUGUAUAUUAUAUUGGAUCCUUCGUGCUGUGUAAUAAACUUCGAUCAGAAACGCCA